GCUAGAGUAAUAUAUUGGGCCACUUUAUCAAAAAGGGCGGUAAUAGUUCCACCAUCCCGCCACAGUUAGCUUUUUUUUUUUCAUUUGUGAGACCCGAGAGACCCAAUUCAUUCCCUUCAAUUCUUUCUCCUUUUUCCUCAUCAUUCUCUCUCCUCUCUCUCGGAUCUCUUUCUCCCACCAGACUCGUUGAAGCUUCGACCACGCGGACCCAAGCCCUCACACGACACCAGAGGCAAACGACGACACCGAAGGCCAGCUCUUCUUCUCCUCUUCCUUGUGUGCGGCCAAGCCUUCUUCUUCUCUGCAUGAGACCAGCUAGCUUCGGCCGGUUCAGCAACAAUGGUUUGGGUCUAAGAACAUUGGAAGGGUUUGAUUACAAAUCUAUUUUGGGGCAGUGCUGCGAAAUGCCUGUUGGGUACGUCCAGAUUCCGGUGGGGAUCGCGGGUCCGUUGUUGCUCGAUGGGUUCGAGUAUUCGGUGCUAAUGGUGACUACGGAGGGUUGUUUGAUUGCGAGUACAAACAGAGGUUGCAAGGCUAUCCAUUUGUCUGGUGGGGCUACCAGCGUGUUGUUGAGGGAUGGCAUGACGAGAGCAUCGGUUGUGAGGUUUAAUUCUGCCAAGAGAGCUUCCGAGUUGAAGUUCUUCUUGGAGGACCCUAAAAAUUUCGAGACACUUUCCAUCAUCUUUCACAGUGGUUAUGCAUGGCUUGAGGUCCUUACAGAUUCAAUAGUAUGUGUAUAUACAAAGGUUGGAGCACCGCCCGAGGUGAUUGCUAGACUGGAAGAAGCUUGCUCAUCAGCAGCCGUAAUGGGCCACAUGACCACCGGCUACCUUGGCGAAGAUCCAGCUUUGGAUCAGUUCAUGGAGGCAUACUACGAGAUGUUGACCAAGUACGAGCAAGAGCUCUCAAAACCCUUUAAGGAAGCCAUGUUUUUUCUUCAAAGGAUCGAGUGUCAAUUCCAAGCUCUCUCGCUUUCUUUGGAUUCUGGUUGCAAUGCAGACAUUCACGUGAUUGCAAAAAUUCAAAGUGCAGACUCUAUCCCAAAUCUUCAUUCAAUUAUUCCUGCAUCUGAUGGGGUUAGUUCCAGUGUCUCUUUGGGAAUCAGUGGUCACUUAUUUAGUCAUAGAUUAUAUCUUUAGUUCCAGUGACAUUAUUUUGGACCUUUAUAGUCUGUUUAAUAAAGUAUGUAAUUGUCUGUUCAGUGAUCCUCCCCCCUCCAAAAAAAAAUAGAACUCUGAAUGAAUAAAGUCUGUAACGCCCUGGCUACCCCAGAACAGUUACGGUGAACGGUGGACCGGAAAUUUGACUCAUUGCCUGAGUCCUUUGGUCAAAAACGUGCUCUAAGUGUAAUUAACAGGUUAAGGUACAAAACCAAUAAAAAGGAAA